AUAGAAAUCUUUAUUAAUUUGCGAUUAGCAAAUAAUGUGUUCUGGAUCGAAUUAUAGAAGGGGUGAGUUGCAUAGUUAUUAAUAGUAGGGGGCCUAACUUUAGCUUUUAUGGUGUUCUUUUUAAAAUGUUGAUUUCUCGAUUGUCGUAGCCUAACGGGAAUGCCCUUCUUGGAGCCUGUUAUUUACAAACCCUGAAUACCGCUAGCCGAGGUCUGGUUUUGGCAGAGUUCCAGCAUAAGAUAGAAAAACUCUCCUGGCGCCUAAAACCUAGGAUAAGAUUUAGCCUAAGUGUUUGUUGUGUGCAAUAAAUUAGAUAAAACGUCUGUGUAGCAUCAUUGAACAUCAUUGGAACCCGUAACAAAAUAGCGCCCAACGUUAAAAACUAAAGGGGUUGCAUUGAUAUUAGCCCAGUUGUAACAUAAUUAAGCGAGUAACAUUAAGUGGACGGCGGUACCCGCGUUCAAAAUAAUAUUAGGUAUACAUCGCAGCGGCGCGCUCAUGCAUUGCAAGAUUACAUACACUUAACGGGAAUUAUUUUUGCAUUGUAAUAGCUACGUUAUAUUGAAGUAAAAUGGACGUACUAUCAUGAAUGUUAUGCAGGGUUGUCACGUAUAAUUAGUUAAUAGUUAGUAUUGGGGAAAUAAUCUUAUUCUGUGUCACUUAAGUAAUUAUAAGGCUUAAGGAUUAUUACUCAUAGAUGUUCUGUAAAUAUUUUUUAAUGUGUAGUGUUUAGUGUAUUAGUGUAAAAUAAUUAUGUUAGUUGUAUAGGUAAGGCAUAUGACAAUUCGUUUUGGCAAAUUGUGUAGCCAUAUAGCAGUUAACAAACAACGCAAUAAUUAUAGUAUUACUCCGUAUUAUUGUAUUACUCCAUAACCGUAAGUUGUUCUUGAGUUGUUUCCAACCAUGGAUCCUCAAUACUUGUUAAAAGAUGAAGUCGAAUUCGAACUCGCGUGUCGUGGAUAUACUCAACCAGGGUUAGUAUCGGCCUUAAAAAAAAUCCUAAAGAACAUGUUGGAGGCUGAAAGCUCAAUGGAAGUGUCGUACGAGUUAAAAUCACCUCCGCAAUCUGUAAAUAGUCCUAGUGCGGAAUUAGAUACAUGCUCUAAAAAGAUUAGCACUAUUACGUGCUAUCUAUCCGAGAUACAAGAAAAGCCAGAUAAGCAGCUUUAUAAGCGGUUAGUUUCACGUUUAUUUCAUGUAGUAAAUAGAUUAAACUUGGCUAUACCUUUGGAUGAAAUUGAGAAAGCUAGACGUAACGCGCUCUUAGAUAAAACAUCUAUAUUAUUAGAGGAACUAGAAGGCAAGGAUGACAUGCAAGAUGGGGAAGAAAUAACUCCGGAAAUGAGAGAGGCCUUGCAUAAUUCUAUAGGUGAGGAUAGUAAGAAAAUUUUAAACCUUAUAGAUGAGCAGACUUCCGAAGAAAAGGCAGGCGCUAACUCGAACGUUAUGCAAGACAUGCUUCCAGUUGAUGAAAUUCAACCUGUGCGUAAGCAUAAGUUAGUACCGAUAAGCCAGUGGGGUGUUCAUUUUUCUGGUGACAGCAAAUUUAGCGUCAACGCCUUCAUUGAAAGAGUACAGGAACUAAAGGAUGCCAGGCAUGCGACACAUGAUGAUUUAUGGCAGCAUGCAAUCGAUUUUUUUAAAGGGGACGCGUUAAUAUGGUUUCGUGCGAAUAGAGAAUUUGUGAGGGACUGGAACGAAUUAGUUUUGUUAUUAAAGCGUACUUUCCAGUCGCCCUACUAUCAGGAAGAAUUACUAACUGAGGCAAAAGCGAGAACUCAAGGAAAGAAUGAGCCAGUACUGAUAUUCAUUGCGGUAAUGCAGAAUAUGUUCAAUAGACUUCCUAAUAAAAUUUCGGAAACUGAGAAAUUAAUGAUUAUAGUUAAAAAUCUGCAGCCGUAUUAUCAAAGGGCGGUAUGUCGGGAUACUUUUACCUCAAUUUCCGAUCUGGUAAAUGUCAUGCGGAUUAUCGAAAGAACCAAGAUCAAUUGUGACAAAUUUCAGGAACCGAAAUCGGUAGUUAACGCAUUAGAACCAGACUUAGCUUACAAGUCAAGUACAGAAACGGUCAUAGACAAAAAAGAGGUAAGUCUCAUAAAAAGUACAGAUAAUAAACCUAGCAGUAAUAUGAGAUGCUGGAAUUGUCGUGAGACUGGUCAUUUAUUCCGGUCAUGUUCUGUACCGAAACAAAGGUUAUUUUGCUACCGCUGCGGCCGUUUUGGUAUAACCUUAAAAGAUUGCACAUGUAAGGGAAACGCCAGUGGGGAAGGUCGGAAACCUGCCAACUGAACCUUUCCGCUAAAGGUGAUAAUGAAGAGUGGCAGGACUGGUUAGAUUUUAUUCACACCUUCAUGUCUAAGAAAUCAGUAUCCCAGUUGACAUUAAAAAAGGAAAAUGAUAACAGGCCAUAUAUACGGCUAAAUAUUCUUAAUUAUAUUUGCAAUGGGUUAUUAGAUUCUGGGGCUACUUGUACAGUAGUGAAUAGAGAAUUUGGGGAUACUUUGAAACGGCUUGGGGUGAAGUCACAUAAAAUAAAAUCUAUGCGUAUCGCUACGGCAGAUGGUGCUAGUCAUUGUAUAAAUGAAGGUUUUGAUGUGCCAGUAGUGUUCAAUAAUCAGUUUCACUAUGUCUCCAUGCUGCUCAUGCCUGAUUUGUCUCAACAAUUGAUCUUGGGUAAAGACUUUUUUGACAUAUUUGAAAUCUCAUUUAGGUUUAAAGUAGAAGCAUCAGAAGGAAUACCAGUAGUUAGUUCCAUUGAAGACAAAACGGCAGCUCUAGUAAGCAAAGAAGAAUUAGACGAAGUCCAACAACAAAAACUUUUAGACAUUAUAGAUGAAAUAAGGAAAUGCGUAGGUGUAGGUUUAGGUAGAACUAAAAUCCUCAAGCAUUCUAUAGAUACAGGGGACAGUAAACCAAUAUAUCAAAAACAGUAUAACUUUUCUCCAGCCAUUAGGAAAGAAAUUGAACGCGAAUUGGAUGAGAUGUUAGAAAAAGACGUAGUUGAACCUUCCCAUAGUCCCUGGUGCUCUCCUAUCGUUGUAGUAAAAAAAGCUAAUGGUACUAAUAGGCUUUGCCUAGAUAGCAGACAGCUCAAUAAAAUUACGAAAAGAGAUACUUAUCCGCUACCAAGAGUCUCCUGCAUUGUAGAUAAUUUGAGAAAUGCGAAAUUUCUAAGUACAAUUGACUUAAAAUCAGCCUUUUGGCAAAUUGAACUCGAGGAAUCUAGUAAAGAAAAAACAGCAUUUGCUAUACCGGGCAGGGGUCUCUUUCAUUUUAAAGUUAUGCCUUUUGGCUUAGUAAACGCAUCACAAUCUCAACAGAGAUUAAUGGAUAUUUUAUUUCAUGCUCUAGAAGGUAAAGUUUGGACUUACCUAGAUGACAUUGUUAUUUGCUCGGAAAGCUUUGAUGAACACUUAGAAAUUUUAAAGCGUGUAACGAACAUCCUUAAGGAGGCUGGUCUUACAAUAAAUAUUGAUAAAUGUAAUUUUGCACGACCUAGUUUACGCUUUUUAGGCUACAUAGUAGACAAAGACGGACUGCGUACAGAUCCUGAUAAAGUUUCGGCAAUCAUGAACUUCCCAAGACCCAAAAACAUCACCGAAUUGAAGAGAUUUAUUGGAAUUGCUAGUUGGUACCGAAGGUUUGUUAGAAAUUUCUCUCUAAUUGCGGCCCCACUUCAUGAUUUGACAAAAGGUAAAAGGACUAAAAAGUUUGUCUGGACUGAAGAAGCGGACAAGGCAUUUUUAAAUCUGAAAACAUUACUUACUUCAGCACCGGUCAUUUCUUGUCCAGAUUUCACCAAACCCUUCAUAAUACAGUGUGAUGCCUCAAGUAAGGGAAUAGGCGCCGUGUUAUGUCAGAA